AUGUCGAAAAUCAAACAAAAAAAAUUUACCCAAUUAAUUGCCGAUCUGCAUAUGAUCGAUAGUGUAAUUUAUUUAGAAUGCUACGUUGUCAGCGUUAACGUAAUGGAGCAUUUUCAAAAAUAUUAUAAAUGUGGUGUUUUAUGGCGUAACCAAUCGAAUCUCUUUCUACAAAAAACAAUGAUAAGCGAAGGUGACUUACUUUUAAAUAAAGAUAAUAACUUACAAGAUUUAUUGUCUGAAAUUAGCGUGUCUGAUACACGCUCAAUUUUAUUUGGAACUUUAGACCAGGAUAUUAGUUUUAACCUGAACAAAGACUUUGACUGUUCAUUUCGUAUACCAGAAUUGCCGACUCGUCCUAUUGAUGUUCUAUUAGAUUCUUUGCCAAUUCCAAAUUCACAAUUCAUACUUAAUCAACCCAAAGAUUCUCCAAAGUCAUCAAUUGAUGAUGACGAAACUCAGAGUUUUAUAUCCACACAAAUAUCUGAGGUUUCAGUACCUGAAGAAAAGUCAAUAUGGGACAAAGUGAUGAAUUUUGAUAAGAAACAGGGACAAAUGCUAUCUUGGGAGUCAACUGGAACAUUAAAAUUAAAACACAAUCUGACUUCUCCAUAUUUAUUAGAGUCAGAUAUUUCAGUAUUUGAAUCUGUUUAUCAUAACUACUUUCACCAUUCUUAUGGAUAUAAUUAUUUUUCUGUUCCUCAUGAGGUUUUAAUCCAAGAUAUCCUAAGUUUAAUAACUGGAACUCAAUCAAAAAUAUUCUCUUAUGAUAAAUCUAGUAGGAAAUUUAUUUCAAAAUAUUUAAACCUUCGUAUAAGUGGGUGUAGUUCUAGAAGUAUCAAUAAAAUGCUGGGGCGCUUUUUAAAUCUUGGUUCACAUAUUAGGAGACUUGAAAAUGUUGCAGAAAAAUGCAUGAAGAGUUCACGAUUAUAUGGAUUAACUGGUGUUGCCUUUGGACGGUCACUUUCUUCUUUUAUCUCAUUUAUACGAACUUCAAUUGUUACAAUGGUUGAAACAAUAAGUGACCAGGACCAAAUGAAAAUUAUUCGGCUUUAUCAUUUAAUAGAUGAUAUUUCAUUAGUAAUCGAAAGAAUUGCUGCUUUUUGUCGAUGUGAUAUAGAGAAUUCAAGAUUGUUAGAAUUGACAGAAAAUCAAAAAGAACAACUUGAGCUCGAAGGAUUUUACGUACCGCUCGGCUCGAAUAUUCUAUCAGAGUUAUACAUUACUGCCGAGUCAAUAGAUGCAGUACGGGCUCCGCUCCUAAAAUCUGUGUUAUUAGUAUUUUUGGAACAGUCGAGUCAUCCUUUUUUUCAUAUGUUAAGUUCUUGGCUAGGCGUUGGUCCAUCAUCAUUUCAUUUUUCAUUACCGCUGGAAUUACAAAAAGGUGAUUUUCUCGAUCCAUAUGAAGAAUUCUUUAUUGAUAAUUUCGUAGUUGAUUCUAAUUAUGUUAAGCAAAAUGGAGACGAAUUUUGGCAAGGUGGAAUUCACGUAAGUAAUGACCAUCCACUUCCUGCUUUUAUUAAUGUCGAGCUAGCUCGAGACGUUCUUGAGGCAGGAAAAUCUUUGAGAUUGUUAAGAGAUUGUCGUCCAAAUCAUCCGCUAUGUCAUUCACGUGUUAUAUUAGAUCAAACAACUGGCAAACGAGCUUGGGAUAUAAAGAUGAGAUGGUUAUUCAUCCAAAGAGACAUUGACAAUAUGAAAGAACAGCUACAAAACUACUCAAAAGACAUGACAAUAGCAAUUGUUAUACAAGAUGAACAUCGUAAAGCGGAAAUUGCUGGGAUUCGUGAACGUUAUCAAAAAAAAAUGUCAAAACGAAAACAAGACGCCGAAUUACACCUUAAUCAAAAAAAGGAAUCUGCCAGAAUAGAACUCGAAGAACGAUCAAAAAAGAAAACUGAAUGGAAGAAAAGUGUUGAGAAAUAUUUAGCAGAAAAAAGAUUAAGUAUCUCUGAAACCACCCCUAACUUAAAUAAACUUUCAAUAAAAAUGCCACCGCCAGAAAAAUCCAGAAAUAAUCCAAUUUUUGUAGAAUCACCGCAAGACACCCAUAAGAGUCUUGAAUCAUCUAUGAACCAGAGAGAAACUUAUGAAAAGAAUGAUUCAGAUCGUACUCAUGAUACCUUGAAUAUUGAAAACCUGUACAGUGUACAUCGAACGGAUGUAUUUGAUUUUGCGCUGUCAUAUUCAACAAAUGAUGAUCCAACCAUGGCGUUGAUUGAACAUCUGUUGCGAGCACAGUCUUCGAAUUCUUCUUAUGCGCACAAGGAAUAUAUUCUUCCUUUAAGUGCUAUCACAGAAUUAGUUGUCCGGCAAACUUUACUUUGUCAUUGUCGAUUGAUUAAUGCUUCAAUCUUAUCUAUCUUCUUCAAUGAUCUUGAUCUUCGCGCACAUUUGAAUGUCUUACGGGACUUUAUGCUUAUGGGUAAUGGAACAUUUGUUUCUGGAUUGGUAGAAGCAUUAUUUAAUGACAAUGUUGAUCUUGGAGAAGAUUUUUUUCCAGCUAAUGAUAAUCUUGGAAUGGGUAUAGGACUUGGCAUUAGAUUAAAUAGUCGUCAAACUUGGCCUCCUGUUGGAAUUGAGUGGAGGAUGGCUCUAAAAGCCGUUAUUGUAGAGACUAUUCUUUUAGAAAAGAAGAAUUUGGAAAAUGAAGAUUCUCAUCCGAUAGAUGCAUGGGGUAAAGUUAAUGAUUUGGAUAACAUGCUUAUGUUUGGUAUUCACACGUAUAAAGAAUCAGAAAUUUGUAAUGAUCCGAAUGCUUUAGAAGCAUUGGAUUUUCUUUAUCUUGAUUUUAAACCUCCCUAUCCGAUUAACGUAAUUAUAACUCCUAGCUCAAUUUCAAAAUACAAUCGAUUAUUUACAUUUCUUUUGCGAGUGUUACGUAUGGGAACAGUUAUUCGACACAUUUAUAGACUAGCUCAUGAACGUUAUUUAUAUGAUGAUGAGGGAGAAGCUGCUGAGUAUAGCGUACUUGUUCAAAAAUUCCGAUUUGAUGCUCAACAAUUCAUUAUCGCACUACACGAGUAUGUAUUUGAUGUUGCAAUAUCAACUACUUGGACUCUAUUUAUGAAAAGGUUAAAUAUAAUCGCAAAAGAGUCGGAAUUUGAGUUACCUCGUGAGCAUGUUUGGGGACGAGGAAGUACUAGCGAUUCAGUUAGCCUUUUUGAUGAACAAUCAGAUGUUUUUUCAGUAGGAAAUGUGGAUGAAUUUGAAAAUGAGGAAGAUGAUGAUGAAAUUGGAGAGGGGGUGAAAGAUCUUGAAUCAUUACGUUCAUAUCAUGAUCAUAUUUUAGAUCGUAUGUUAUUUCAAUGUUUACUUAAAAAGAAACAAGAAGCAGUUAUGAAGGUUCUCAACGGAAUUUUUACAGUAGUAUUAACAUUCGCCAAUAAGUUACAACAAAAAAGGUCGCGUAUAAUUAGCUUGCAAAAAAGACAAGAGUAUUGGAAUUCAAUUAAAGACUUGCAUGGAAAAUUUAGAUUAUAUACAGCAAUGCUUGUAAAGAUAUUAAUGGCUUUAGAUGAAAAAGGUGGUGGAAGAAUGGGAAUGGGAAUGAAACGUACAGCUAAUAUUAAUCCUGAAGGAGAAAGUGCGGGAACUAAUUUUUCUACAAGUCGUGAUGAUGGGAGAUCUUAUCAUGAUAAAGUUGAUAAUCAAUCUGGCGGUGGAUUUUUACAAGAAUUUUUGUUAAGGGUGGACUUUAAUGGCUUUUAUGCUUCAAUUAUAGCAAAAGAAUUGUCGAAAAGAAAUAAAGAUUAA